UAACUUCAUUUCCCCUCCUUUUUCCCCCUCUUGACUGCUUUCUCUUCUGCCUUUUCUCUGACCAUUCUCUCUUUCAUACUAUUUGUUUUCUUUUUGGGUUAUUAGAAGGCUAGUUAGCUGCUGCAGUUUCUUAUCUACACUGAACAGAAGCUACCCAAGAGUGUUCUGAGAACUUUUACGAUAUAAAACAAUCUCCAUUUACUGUUUAUGUGAGUAUGGUGCAAGUGUAAGAGAAAGGCAAGGUCAGACAUAAUUACCUUGGCCAUUUAGAAGGUAGGAGGGUUAAUGACAGAUUGAAAUAUAGGGCACAUAGGCAAAUGAGACGAUUUUAACAUGGAACAGAAAUUAAGUAAAAAGAAAAUAAGUGUAUUUUGUACUUUCUUUGUGAUAACUCACAACACCAAAAUAACAGGUUUUUAUCUGCAGUCAUUCAGUAUAUGUAUCUUGUUUGAACAACUAGAUGUAAACUAAAGACAGGUACUUACAUUAAACUUCUUUCUAUCCUUCAAAAUGUAGGGCAGCUCUUCAUAUACAACAGGUGAAAGGGGUUUGAAUGACAUAUAUAAAUUAUGAAAUUGGUGACUACUUCAGAAACAUUGGCUAAAAUUGCUUGAAAUUACUAUCUAAGGAUUUAAACAAUGCAACUGGAUAUAAAUGUACACAUACACAUGCCACAUUCCCCCAAAAAGAAAGAAAAUUAUAUGAAAAUGUGAAAUUAGAAAUAUAAUACAAGAGAAAAUUAUAUGAAAACAUACAUAUAGUAAAAUAAAAUAAUUUUCAAUCUUGGUAACUUAGAAAUAAUCAACAAUGUUUUCAUUAUUUUCAGUAAACUAAGUAUCUGGGAAUUGAUCAUAGUGAAAAAGCAACCUGUGAGUAGCUAUGCAAUUAAUAUUUAUAGUGAGAUAUUGACUUAUUAUGUGUACUUGGAUAGGUCAUGUUAUCUUACUUAUGCUUCUGUGUCUCUGAAGUGACAAUACUAUUUGCCUUUUCAUCCACCUCCUCUGCAAAGAUGCUCUGCAAAUAAAUGAGGUAAUGUUUGGGGAAUGUUUGCAGCUUGGGAAAGAAACCCACUGCAUACAUCUAAGAAUAUUCCAUAUUCAAGCCUUGUAUAUUUUGCCUCUGUUUUAAAUUGAAAUUGUACUGUUUAAGUUCUUGGGUUCUGACCAAAAUCUGGGUCAACAUAAAAGAAUAAUUAUUUUUAAUUUUCAUUCUGAGUCUCUGUUCCAAUCUCCUGCACGUGUGAGGGAAAACUGUAGGAAAUAAACAAAGCACAUAAAUCAAGCUUUGGAAGAGAAAAAUCUCUAUCUGAAGAAUUUUUUUUUUCAAUGACGAGUGUGCCCACUAUUUCCCUAGAGGAAUAUUUCGGUCCAGGAAGGAGGAUAGUGCAUUCAGUGUGAGUGUCUGUGUGUGUGUGUGGUGUGUGUGGUGUGUGUGCUGUGCGUGCGCGCCCGCGGAGAGAGGGGCGGGGGAGGCGGAUGAGGAGGAUGAGAUCAUAGUUUCAGGAUCCUCAGGAAACCCUGGUACUGGCAGCAGCCAGCCUCUGCUGUGCCCACAUGACCCACAACUCUGGCAGCGGACCCGGCACUUCCAACAUUAUUAAAUAAUAAGAAAGCGGCUCCUACUCCAGGCUCAAACCUCCCUGCAGACCAAUGGACGCCUUCUAAGAGUUUGGCGAGUCAGUGACUGAAGCGCCCGUCCAUUCCAAGAUAAAUAGGAUUUACCAAUCCUUGGAUGAAGUGCUUGGGAAGUCUUUAAGUGCCAUAAUCAACUGCCAUUUCAAAGAAUAUAGAUGGUUUUGAAAAGUUCAUGCUGUCCCUUCAUUGAAUUUUAGAAUGAUUGAAGAUAGUGGGAAAAAAGGAAAUACCAUGGCAGAAAGAAGACAGCUGUUUGCAGAGAUGAGGGCUCAAGAUCUGGAUCGCAUCCGACUCUCUACCUACAGAACAGCAUGCAAGCUUAGGUUUGUUCAGAAGAAAUGCAAUUUGCACCUGGUGGACAUAUGGAAUGUCAUAGAAGCAUUGCGGGAAAAUGCUCUGAACAACCUGGACCCAAACACUGAACUCAGCGUGUCCCGCUUAGAGGCUGUGCUCUCCACCAUUUUUUACCAGCUCAACAAACGGAUGCCAACCACUCACCAAAUCCACGUGGAGCAGUCCAUCAGCCUCCUCCUUAACUUCCUGCUUGCAGCGUUUGAUCCGGAAGGCCAUGGUAAAAUUUCAGUAUUCGCUGUCAAAAUGGCUUUAGCCACAUUGUGUGGAGGGAAGAUCAUGGACAAAUUAAGAUAUAUUUUCUCAAUGAUUUCUGACUCCAGUGGGGUGAUGGUUUAUGGACGAUAUGACCAAUUCCUUCGGGAAGUUCUCAAACUACCCACAGCAGUUUUUGAAGGUCCGUCAUUUGGUUACACAGAACAGUCAGCCAGAUCCUGUUUCUCCCAACAGAAAAAAGUCACGUUAAAUGGUUUCUUGGACACGCUUAUGUCAGAUCCUCCCCCGCAGUGUCUGGUCUGGUUGCCUCUUCUGCAUCGACUAGCAAAUGUGGAAAAUGUCUUCCAUCCGGUUGAGUGUUCCUACUGCCACAGUGAGAGUAUGAUGGGAUUUCGCUACCGAUGCCAACAGUGUCACAAUUACCAACUCUGUCAGGACUGCUUCUGGAGAGGACAUGCCGGUGGUUCUCAUAGCAACCAGCACCAAAUGAAAGAGUACACGUCAUGGAAAUCACCUGCUAAGAAGCUGACUAAUGCAUUAAGCAAGUCCCUGAGCUGUGCUUCCAGCCGUGAACCUUUGCACCCCAUGUUCCCAGAUCAGCCUGAGAAGCCACUCAACUUGGCUCACAUUGUUGAUACUUGGCCUCCCAGACCUGUAACCAGCAUGAACGACACCCUGUUCUCCCACUCUGUUCCCUCCUCAGGAAGUCCUUUUAUUACCAGGAGGUUACCUGAGGGGAUAAGUGCAUCCAGCCCUGUGGCUGAAGAGCAUUCCCUCAUAAAGCUGUACGUAAAUCAGCUUGAUCACGGUGCACGCUCUCCUCCCAAGGACAGUGAAGUAGAGCAGAACAAACUGCUGGCUAGGGCUGCUCCAGCUUUUCUGAAGGGCAAAGGGAUACAGUACAGCCUGAAUGUGGCAGACAGGCUAGCUGAUGAACAUGUUCUCAUCGGGUUGUAUGUCAACAUGCUCCGGAACAACCCCUCAUGCAUGCUUGAGAGUUCAAACCGGCUUGAUGAAGAACACAGGCUAAUCGCCAGGUAUGCGGCAAGGCUGGCAGCAGAGUCCUCUUCGUCUCAGCCAACUCAGCAGAGAAGCGCUCCUGACAUCUCUUUCACCAUCGAUGCAAAUAAGCAGCAAAGGCAGCUGAUUGCUGAGCUAGAAAACAAGAACAGAGAAAUCUUACAGGAGAUCCAGAGACUUCGGCUAGAGCAUGAACAAGCUUCUCAGCCCACGCCAGAGAAGGCACAGCAAAACCCCACCCUGCUGGCAGAGCUCCGGCUCCUCAGACAGCGCAAAGAUGAGCUGGAACAGAGAAUGUCUGCUCUCCAGGAGAGCCGGAGAGAGCUAAUGGUCCAGUUGGAGGGUCUCAUGAAGCUACUAAAGACUCAGGGGGCAGGCUCUCCCCGCUCCUCCCCCAGCCACACCAUCAGCAGGCCAAUUCCAAUGCCCAUCCGGUCAGCGUCAGCCUGCUCCACCCCGAUGCACCCGCUGCAGGACUCCCUCACAGGUGUAGGGGGAGAUGUACAAGAGGCAUUUGCACAAAGUUCAAGAAGAAAUUUAAGGAAUGACUUGCUAGUGGCUGCAGAUUCCAUCACUAACACUAUGUCCUCUCUUGUGAAAGAGCUGAAUUCUGAGGUUGGGAGUGAAACAGAGAGUAAUGUGGAUUCUGAAUUUGCACGGACUCAGUUUGAGGAUCUUGUUCCCUCACCAACUUCUGAAAAGGCUUUUCUAGCACAAAUCCAUGCCCGAAAACCUGGGUACAUUCACAGUGAAGCUACCACAAGUACCAUGCAUGGCGACAUGGUUACAGAGGAUGCGGAUCCCUAUGUGCGGCCUGAAGAUGAAAACUAUGAAAAUGACUCUGUCCGGCAGCUGGAGAAUGAGCUCAAGAUGGAGGAAUACCUGAAACAGAAGUUGCAGGAUGAAGCCUAUCAGGUCAGCUUGCAAGGUUGAAUGCAAUAUCCUUUUAUCACACUCCUCUCAAGCAAGCUAUAGUCAGACAGAUGAUGAAAGUAACAUGAAAACUGGUGAUGAUGGAGAGCCCUGUGGCCACACAGAGGAGGAAGACAGCAGCCUGGCAGCAGCCUCACCGAAGAGAGGAGCCACCACACCCAGCAGCUCCAGACAAGCCCCCACCCCUAAAGAUGUGUUCUGAUGACUAUAGUGCAGCUAACUUUCUGUUCUAAGAUUUGUAGUGCAUAGGUGUGUGUUUCAAGAAGGAAAAAAAAAGACUUCUGUUCAAAGUUAACUUAUCAGCUACAUCCUCUGUAACAUGGUUCAUCCCUGGUUAAAAAGCAAACAAACACAGGCUGAAAACCCAUGCUGCUGUUAUACACAAUGGCAGUAUUAACAAGCAUUUUAAACCUUUGCACAUGAUAUUGAACCUGUUCAGUUUACAAUGACAAUAUUAAUACUGUUUAUAGCUAGACGUUUGAUUUCUGAAUUCUUUGAGAUUUUAGCAAAACAGUUUAUUAUACACUGUACAUUUUUUUCCACAGCAAUUGGAAAAAAACAACCACUUGUAGUCAUUCACUAACCCUGAAGAAUUUGGUUCCUGAGUGUACAAACUCAGAGCCCAGAAGCCAAGAAGGGUCCUUGGCCUGCACGGUCUGUAGUUGACUCCAAGUCUCUGUGAGCAGUGACUUGAACCAAACACGCCAGGAAUAAUCCAUUCUUUGGGGCCUCUUUCCAAUUUGAGGUUGUUUUCUUUCAAGAUACUCUAACUAAUCAGCCAUAGAAUUUAGUGUAAAUAUUUUUUUCCAAAUAGAUAUCAUAUUCAAAAAAGGCAGCAUUCAAAUGAUAUAGAAUCUAGUUUUUAAAAUCAGCACAGAUCUUAAAAACUGUGAACUAUGUUUUGAAAUACUCGUUACUAAAGCUGUUUAUAAACCACAGGUGCCAUAAGAUCCCCAAACGGACUAAAGUUAUCUCUGCUCUUCCAUGGUCUUGUUCCUCUCGUUUUGGCUUUAGGAAGCAUGUCUUUAACAGCACCGCUCGUUCACAAGUUCCCCCAUCAAGUUGUUUGGAGGCCUUCAGCUUUAAAUGUACAGGCUUAAAGUGCGCUUGCAAACGUUCGCUCUCCUUUUUUUCUGAAUGUUGAUUGCCUUAGCUGGCCACCUGGUGUUCUGCAUGUAGCCUUCUGUGGUCAUGUGAAAGGAGACAGGCUCUUCUAAGUUGAGUUGGGAUUUUUGCACUCAGUGAAAAGCUGAAGUGCAAAAGAGCUAUCAAAGACAAGACGAUAAAAGACUGGGAUAGUCUUUUCCAAGGACCCUCUUUAGAGGGCCCUAAAGACCUCCUUUGGGAAUUCUGGGGAAAAUGAAAAAGUAAUCUUCUACUUGCUUCAAGAUUUGAUUUUUUUAAAAAAGCCUGCCACAUAUUCAAUACAUUAUGCUUAAAUUAGCAGUUUCUCUGGAACUCCUGUCUCUCCUUUAAAAGAAAGGAGAGAACAUUUUAGAACAAUAGUUCUCAAAGUGUGUUCCCCGGACAAGCAGCAUCUGCAACUCUUAGGAAGGUCUUCGAAAUACUAAUUCUUAAGCCCCACCUCAGGCCUACUGAAUCAGAAGUGCUGGGGGUUGGGUCCAGAAGUCUGUUUUAGUGAACCCUCUAGGUGAUUCUGAUGCUCGCUAAAGGUUGAGAACUACUGCUUUAGAAUGAAGUUGUAUAAUAAAGUCUCUGAAAAGGCCUUAUUCAGAAUAAGCAAGAAAGGUUCUGUGAUUCACUUUUGCUUCUGGGGCUGGCAAAAACCUUCUCCGAACCCACACACCAAGUUCAUAGAUGGUGGGUGCGCAGCCAAGUCCUGACAUCUUCAUGCCCCCUCUGCAGAGGGCAGCUGUACGAUGUUCACAUGUCUGCGUUUGGUCAGACAUCAUCUCCUUGGCUGCCCUUAGAAACCAAAUCACUUGCCUUGGGGAUAAAGUGCUCAACUGGCAUUAGUGAGAAGCCCAUCCUAUCCCUUGACAUACUUAAUCGUACAUCUCUCCAGAGAACUUGCCUGACAAAUGUCCCUGAGCACAGGCUGACACCAAAGUGGCACAACUGCACAGUUCUCAGAUUUCUUUGCACAGAUUGAUCUUUAUUGCGGGUUUUGUUGGGGUGUCUUAAUGUUCAUCUCUUUUCCACUGCCCAUCCUCUGUGAACCCAUACCUCUCUAGAUGGAGCAGGUGGCCACUGGUGCCUCAUACUCAGUAUUGAAAACCACUAUAUCCCAGCUACCUAUAAUGCUGUCAGCUCGAAAUCAUAGCCAGGUAGUUCUUGAACUCAGAACUUAAAUCCUGCACGUGGCACUCCACCACUGACUGGACCGAGCUGGCAUAUGUUGUUUCUUUGUUUUUCUACAUCAAAAUGUUCGUCUAAGAUUUGAACUGUUCUGCUGAUAACCUUCCCCAUUGUCAUAGCUAUUUCAUUGCCAACGAACUCCAUCACAUGGUUGUUGAUACCAUCAUAUAAAGCCAUUGCAAGGACUCUGGAAACUGCCGCCAAUGACCAAUUUCUGACUAACCAGCCACCUUUUCUUUCUCUUAGCUCCACGUCAGCACUGAGACCAGACUCAAGCACCCCUGUCCUGUAACCGAGACAAAAUGGCGUGUGUUAUUUUGGGGUUUUGUGUUUUUUGGUGGAUUUCUUUCCUUGGCUCUCCAGAUUUACUUUUGGGGCCUGUUCUAAGUGCAAACCCAGCAGGUUUCACUUGUCCUGUCCAUUAGAUACAACUACAUCUUGCGGGGGUUGUUUCUUUCUUGUUCCACAAUGAAUUGCACAUCCAUCUCCAUCAGAGCUGAUAGCCUAUUAAUAAGCACUGGUCUAACACAGCCAACCCUCCCCCACAGCGCCAUGUUAAUGGAGGAGGGGAGGAAGGUGAAAUCUACUGCAUGGGAUUCAGGAAACAGUUGUGGUUGGUCAGGACGGAAGUCGGGGUAAGUUUGGUUGGUCAGAGGGAGUUGUGCUGGAGAUUGUGAAAAAUGGGUUCUUGAAUGAUCUACUAUAAGGCAGGGAAGGUUCAUUUGUAAGUAGAAAUGUGAACUGAAUUGCAUUAAGAGUGUGCGGCCUUUGUUGUGAUAUACUAUGUAUUUUCUUAUAUGCAUGAGCCAAACUGUUGCAUCAUAAUUUAGCACUGAUGUCUGCUUUUAUUUUGAUCAUCUUUGUCCACCCUUAUUAGUUCUUGGCUGUUAACUGUAGAUAGAUCUUGUAAAUCCAGCAACCUUUGGUUGCUGCAUUCCCCUUGGUUCGAUUCCACGCAAGGAGCCACAAGUGAGAACUCCACUGUCCUUAGAAGAAAGGACAUUUUUACUUUUGAACCAAAAAGAGAAAAAAAAAAUCAGAAGUGUUACAUCUUGAGGCGAAUUAACUGUAAGACAUUUUUAAUUAUGACUACUGCAAUUUGACACCAUUUGAAAUAACCAAUUCAGAGACACUAAAGAUUUCACAAUAUUCAUUGGUAUUGUAAAAAAAAAAAUACUAUUGUAUGGAUUUUUGUAUUGCUGUUAAGUAUUGUUUUUUUUUUGUGUGUGUGUGUUGGAACCUCCUGGGGACAUGUUAUAUUUUGAAGUGAUUAAACUAUUUAAUUGUGUGUCUAUAUUUUGGAGUGGAAUUAUUUCUUCAUUAAAAAAUGUUUUUAAAAACACUAUAUCUUGGAUGUUUUAUUCCUCUGUUUCAAUGAAUCUUUUCUAAAGCAACCUGGAGUCAGUCUGUUGAAAGAAGGAAGGCAGGUAAGUACUUGCAGUUUAAAGCAGGACCCAUUGAUGGAAUAUUGAGCCACUGAGGCAAAAUAGCUCACCUUCUCUUGCCUUGGGGGAUACAUGGUUUUUACCAUUCUACUGUUUUAUUAGCAUCUGUGAGUAUCUAAUAGAAAUACUAUUCUGCUGUUUAUGGAAAUCCUUAUUAUAAUUGAUAUGGAAGUGAGUUUGAAAUUCUAACAGCUAACAUAUUUCAUGUUUCUAUUGCACACUGUUCUUAACACUUUAUGUGACUUCACUCAAUUCUUUGAAUCCUCUGCAUCUAGCCAUGUAUUCUGCAAAUAUUAAGUGCUCAAUGGUUUUUUUGUUGAAUUACUGAAUAAAUGAAGUAGUGGUG